UUCGGAGGAUUCAUCGCUAGAGCAAGGGUGAAUUGUGUCUCAGUGCAAGGUUGGAGACGGGGAAACUUGUGUCCUUAACCCGGAAACAGUUGGCGAAGUUGGGAGAGAAGACACGGGAACGAGAGCAGGUCCCAGUGUGCAUUAUUAAAAAGGGUCAGUCGCUUGGCAAACUCGGAAAGGGGUCGAUAACCGCUUUAACGGGACAAGGGGAUGGAAAUUUUCCUCGAAAGCGACUGGAAUUUGGGGAAUAAAAGUAACACGGGCUGGGAAAGAAGUUUCUCAAAUAUUCAAACGGACGGUUAUGUGGACUCAACGGAGGAUGAAGAAGAUCAACAAACAAUGAUAGGCUAAGCAGAUGAAAACGUGUUAUUUAUUUAUCUAUGGAUAAAACCUCAUUAAUAUCACGGAGAAAAUUAAUUUUAAUGCUUCGUGGACGCAGUCGGAAGUAGCGCAACGCCAUCUGCGCGAUUUGCAGAGCUGCGCGCGCCCAUUUCGGAUGGCAUAAUUGGUUGCACAGAACCGCGGUCUCGUUACGUUGGAUUAAAAUGAAGAAAAAUAAGAUCUCAUCGAUUUCAUGAAGAUGUGAUCGCGAAACGAUUCCCGUUCCGAGACUGCGGUGCAAAAUUCAUGAGUGAAGGGGAACCUUUGAAGUUCGCGGGGGUUGGCUUUCAGUUUGGUGAAUUAUAUAUCGUUCCGGUGAAUAGGUUAGCCGGCUCGAGAUCCGCGGAGAUCGACCGACAGGAGCAAAUUUUCCGAUUAAUUUCUCUCGCCCUAGGCAAAAUUCGUCGCGAUGGCGAAGAUGAAGAGGGACGAGGGUCCAGAAUUCUUCAGGGAUUGGAUUGUUUAUCGAGAGUGGGCCUACCGUUUCGCCAUCAGCCAGAACUACCCCAUCGCGGAGAUUUACUUCGGGAAGGCGAUCCAACAGAAUCAGUAUGACGACUUUAGGACCUUCCUCGGCCUCCUCAAGACCCAGAUCAAUUACGCGAGAUACGGGAGGGCGUUGAAAACCACCAAGAUGUGCGCGUCUAUAGAGCCAGCGUAUUCCAAAGUGAAGGAGCUGCAGCUGCAAUCGUUCUUCCUAGCGGGUGAAUUCGGAGCCAGUUUGAUUCACGCCCACCAGGGUUUUCAGAAACGCCAAACUGUCGCUCUAUUGCAUGGAAUAAUUCAAGGGAACCAGACAGUGGAAGACUGCGUCGGUAGAAACACCCACCCCAGAGCUCUUCAGCUUCUCUCACCCUGGAUAGAACACCUUAAGGAACAUCGAAUGAUGAUGAUCGAGAAGCUCAAAGAGGAAGUAGACGAAUUCGAAGGCAUAGACGAGGAACAGACAAGGUUAAAAGUAAACGACCCAAAAGUACGAGCUACGAUGAAAUUGAGGAGACUGUACCGUGUGAUCGCGAAAAUAUAUCUGGACCGUUUGGCCAACGACAAAGAGUUCCUAAAGAAGUUGACCGAAUACCCUGAAAUCCUGGAGUCCCCCCACAAGGAGUCCACGAAACGGCUUCACCAUAUGGCGACGAGGAACUACUGGAGGGUUGUGCGCAGGCAACGUAUCCUUCGGAUGCGACAACCCCUUUACGUGAUGAUGUUCGAACGAAUGGCGAUACCGAAGGGUCACAAAAUGAUGAUGGAGGAGGAGAAGAAACUGCGCAGUAAUCUCAUCAUCAUCGAGGCGGACUUCCUAUUGCGCCGUCUGCACGACGUGAGAAUGAGUAGAGACUACAUCACGUUCUUCAAUAUGGUGGACCGCGUGAAGGACAAGUUCGAUUCGUACUCUCUGAAAAUGUUCCCCCUGAGGCAGAAGUGUUUGGACACGGUGUACAACAUGGUCGCGUGGGCGUACAUCGACACUCGAGACCUCAGCCAGCUCCAGAGCAAAGAGCAGAAGAUGACGUAUCUGAAGCAUCACAUGGGAAUACGCGUGGCCGAACUGCCACGCGACUGCGACAUCGCCUGGAUACAUUCUCAUCAUGGGAAGGAUGCGCUCAGAGUAUUUCGUAGGAGACUGGCCAUGGCGUCCCAGCCUCUGGAGCUCGCCUGGCUGUUCCACGAGCUCUGCAAGUACCUCAUCAGCAUCAAUCGCUACGACCUGGCCAGGUUCUACGGGAAGAAGGCCCUGGACAAGGGCGAGGAGGCAGGUAGUGAGCAGUGGGUGCUGAACAGCCACCACCUGUUCAUGCGGAUCGAGAUCGUCCAGAACUAUAGAAACGAAGCGAAAGAGUCGGCGCUGCUGGCGCUCACCAGCGCGAAGAAGCUGGGACUCGACUUCCUGGUCGACUUUUACGUGAAAAUCGCGGAGACGAUUGACGAGAUGGACAUGGAGAAGUUGCUGGACGACGACGCAAUCGCCGCGAGGCAGCAGUUGAUCUUGGACCUGAUGCCAGAGGACAUGAAGCCAAAGGUUGACUACCUCUGGAGAAGCAUGGACGCCGUUCCCGCAAAGAGGAGAUUGUCCGUGAUGCCUGGCUGUAAACCCGUCGACAAGAAGACCAAGCUACCUUGCAAAAGGAUGACUAUUCUGCCUAGUCCUGCGAAGGACCCCGAGUUGGAAGCUAUGAGGGCUCUGCUGGCGCAGUACGAGCCCUCCAAGGAGAGACCAGGUUUCGUGGACUUCGACGAGUACGACUGACAAUCCCUGGGAGCGUAAAUUAUCCUGUCAGGAUAUAGCACUGAUGCUGAUAGAGAGGUCGAGGUAAAGAUUGCGAGUUCCUUUGUAGAGCAACCAAUCCUGCCUUCAAGAGUUCCUCGAAAGAGCUUCAAUCGUUUAAUUAAAUUUCCAGGACUUCGAUUCAGCGCCACCUACUUGGAAG